UAUUAAAAAGACUAGAAGCUUACGGAAAUAGUGAGUAUACAACUAUUUAAUAAGUCUUUGAGUCCCAUGCAUUUCGCUUACGUAACGAAAACGCAUUCAUCAACACCUCUCCUCCUAACUCUUCACUCUAUAUCUCUUUAAGCGUAACCUCCACAAACUCUUCCUUUUAUUUCUCAUUUGAUCUAAUCCCCAAAAAAAAAAAAACUCGUCGAUCACAACAUGCCGGGAACUUAUCACCGCCGGAAAUCCGACGUGGUAGUCAUCAUCUUCACGGUGAUGAUCACGAUGCUGACGUGUCCAGUAAUCAUCAACGCCUCAUCAGAUGCUUCUUCAGCCAACAUGAGGAAGCUCGACGAGGUAGAUCCCAUAAAGUGUUCUCCAAGCUGCAUCCAAAACCCUCCUCCGCCGUCUCCUCCACCACCAUCUCCACCGCCUCCGGCAUGUCCUCCUCCUCCUGCUCUCCCUCCACCGCCGAAGAAAGUCUCACCUAACUGUCCACCUCCUCCGCCAGCUAAUUUCUUGUAUAUCACUGGUCCGCCGGGAAAUCUCUACCCCGUUGAUGAGCAGUUCGGAGCAGCCGCUGGAAAAAGUUUUACGGUGGUGAAGCUCGCCGGUCUAAUAGGGUUUGGAGUUCUGGGGUUGUUGAUUCUUUGA